AUGCUGAUUUUGCAACAUUUUCCGGGGUAUGUUUCUGUAACACAAAGGUAUUUGGACGGUGCGACUCUCCAAUUGAAGUUCGGCUUAGCAGCUUCCAAGUGUAAUGCUACCAAUAGCCAGUGCAAGGCAUAUCUCAGUGCAAUUAUUAUCUACCUUUAUACUAAUGACUACAAGCAAGCAGAGAUGUUUUAUAAUGACUGCUCUCAGAUUGAUGCUUUUUGCAAAAGUGACCAGAAUCGCUGUGCUAGCAAUCUCCUUGCUGCAUACUCAGAUGGAGACAUUGAAGAAAUCAAACGUAUCGCCCAAUCAAGCAGCAUUUCAAAUCUUGACCACUCGAUGAUUAGGCUAGCAAGGAAACUGCCAACAGGAGAUGUGAGUGCAUUGAAGGGUAACACUGCCAGACAGGAAGACCAGCCUCUGGAUGAAAAUGACCUCACUUAACAAUUCUCCGGGCCACAUUUCUUUUGUUAAUUUUUCGUUUCUGACGUACCAUAAGAAUAUUUUGAUCUUAAGAACAAUGAAACUUAAAAAGAGGUUUGGUGUACCAAGUGUACCAAGUGUUCAAUCUUAUUCAAUGUAAAGGUGACAAAAAUUGUGAAUGCUAUGCUUUAUAAACAUGUCUUGGUAUACUAGGCCCUGUAGGAGAACAAUACUGAAAUAUGAACUUAAAAGAGAGUAGCCAAGGACUUGAAAAGAAGAUUUUUAAAUAUUAUUCCUGAAUUGUUUCACUUAAAGAGUGAUUACAUACAGAAUAUAAAGAUUAUUUACAACCUAAUUAAGGAAAGAAAA